AUGGCUUCGAAUUUGAUCACUCUACCCGACAUUCAGAGGCUCAGCAAUCGAGUCAUCCGAAUCCUUGGAGCCAAUCCGGGCAAAUUUACACUCCAAGGAACUAAUACUUACUUGGUGGGCACUGGUGCCCGCAGGUGGUUAAUCGAUACUGGGGAAGGCACAACCAAAUGGUUCGACCUACUUAAACAUGUUCUUACAUCCGAGAGAGCAACAGUGGAGGCUGCUAUCCUGACGCAUUGGCAUCGUGACCAUGUGGGGGGAGUUUCUGACUUGAUUUCUUUAUCCCCUGACGUUAAGGUUUACAAACAUCAACCAGGCCCAAGAGAGCUUGAUGUGGAGGAUAACCAGACGUUUAAUCUGGAAGGCGCUACUCUUCGUGUAGUGCUCUCCCCCGGGCACACCACAGACCAUGUGGCUGUUGUUCUCGAGGAAGAGAAGGCGAUUUUCACUGGCGAUAGCGUACUGGGACAUGGAACAGCGGUUUUUGAAGAACUAGGCACUUAUCUCUUGAGCCUUCAGAAAAUGAGUAACCAAUUCUGCAAUAGGGCGUAUCCUGGACAUGGUGAUAUCAUCGAAGAUUGCCGAGCACGUAUUGCUGAAUAUAUACAGCAUAGAUAUCAACGGGAACACCAAGUCAUUGAGAUCCUUUCUUCAGCCCCCGGAAACGAAUUUUGGAGUCCUGAGCAGAUUGUUAAAAUUAUCUACAAAGAUGUCCCAAACAAUCUUCACCUGGCUGCGGAGCGCGGCGUGCUGCUGAUUCUAAAGAAACUGGAACUUGACGGCAUCGCUGUCAAAGAAAGCUCUACUAAUCGAUGGCGAUAUCAAAACACCAAAUUAUCGCCUCAAACGGAGGUCUGA